UAAACCAAAUAACUUUUAUCCCAUCUAUGCAUUUCCAAAAUCUAGGCUUCUUAUUCUCAUCUCAAAUUCCACAAUGCGGAGAUCGAUCAACAUACCUACAUUAAUCAUCGUGACGGUGAUGAUAUUAAUAUUAUUAACAUCAUCACCGUUGGUGAUCGGUAUGAGGUUUGAUUUGGAAACAGGAGCUACAAAAUGCAUAACCGAGGACAUUAAGAUUAAUGCGAUGACCGUCGGAAAGUAUAGCAUUGUCAAACCGGUCGAAGGGUUUCCUUUGUCGGAAUAUGAUCGGAUCACUGUCCGGGUAACAUCGCCGCUGGGGAAUAAUUAUCACUAUGCAGACCGUAAACAAUCUGGUAGUUUUGCAUUCACUGCCGGCGAGGCUGGUGAUUAUAUGGCUUGUUUCUGGGCAGCUAAACAAUCUCCUGACAAAUCUUUGUCGAUUGAUUUCGAGUGGAAGUCGGGUCUGGCUGCAAAAGAUUGGUCCAAAGUGGCUAAAAAAGGACAGGUUGAAAUGAUGGAACUCGAGUUGAAGAAACUGUAUGAUUCCGUUACCAUGGUCCAUGAAGAAAUGUUCAAUCUUCGUGCAAGGGAGGAAUUGAUGCAACAACUUAUAAGAUCGACGAAUGCGAAGAUGGCAACUUUCAGUUUUUUCUCACUUGUAAUUUGCUUAUCAGUGGCUGCUUUGCAGCUAUGGCAUUUGAAAGCAUUUUUUCAGAGGAAGAAGCUCAUUUAG